AUGGCACACGUACAGGAGAGCAUUGCGACUACCGAGAAUGAACAUCGUAUUCAUUGGAGGGUGCCAACUCUUAUGUCGGCCUAUCUGCUAGCUGGAAUUGGCCUUGUACUUGGACAUCAUUUCUUCUAUACAUCUUUGAACAGCAAAGUCGUCAGCAGCUCUAUUUCUCAAACGUGGAACCUUCGAAUCGGCACUGGACUCGCUUUUUUGGUUAAAGUGGUGCUGACAGGAGCGGUGGGGACAGCAUGUGUCCAGAACGUUUGGAGUCUUCUUCGCCAGAAGGCAGUAAAAGUUACCACCAUCGAUUCUUGGUUUGGAGUGCUCUCCAAUUCUUGGAAGUUGCUGGACCUCGUGGCCUGGACCCAAGGUCCGCUGGUCCUGUGUUUAGCCUUGCUUUGCUGGCUGAUUCCGUUCUCUGCAAUCAUAACACCCGCUACCUUGACUGUCGAACCGGCCCCUGACAUGGCAUCAACCUCGCAGUUGGUUAAGAUACCACUCAUCAACUGGACAUAUCCCAUGUUCGAAACUCAGGGUGCUGGGUUUUAUUAUAGAACCACGGCCGACAUGCAAAGAAUUGCCACUACUGUUGCGUACAGCGGCGCGAUGCUGAGUAUUCCCGCGCCUGCCCCCAACGCAUCAUAUGCCUUGCAAUUUUAUGGACCAACCCUUAAAUGCAUACCCGCGAACAGCUCCGUCACCGAUGCUUUCAACAAAACAUGGGCUUUUCGUACUCAGCCAUACAUUUCUAUGGUUCCCUCAUCAGCCAACUUCACGACAGAUUUGGAGAAAUUUCACAACUCGAGUCUUUCCUCGUCGAGUAGCACCUUACGGUAUCUGGAUCUUUAUUCUGGAGACAUGGCUAGAUUAUACAUUGCCACUAAGAAUGAGACUAUCAACGGGACUUGGAAUCCUCCUGCCAUCAAUGAUUGUGGACUAUAUAAUGCAUCAUACGAUGCCCUCUUCGAGUUCAACAACGGACAGCAAUCGAUUAAGAUCCGCAAUCUGACUGAUCUGCGACCGUUUCAGUAUUGGAACUACCAGAACGAAAACUCGAUAUACUCUCCGUGGAAUGAGAAUUACAUGUCUAUUUUUGAGGCUUUCGGUCGCAUUGUGGUUGGGUCUCUGUCAUGGUCUGUCUCACUCGAGAUAAACAUGAACACUGAGGCGCUGAACACGGCUUUGAUCAAUUCUUUCGAGAUGCGAUCUAUUUUAGCCACCGUAAAGGCCACCGGGUCUGGCGAUACCACGUUUCUUAAUAGUGAGAUAGCGAACUUGGGUGGAGGGAGGAAUUUCACCAUGGCUGAAGCAGCGGAAGAGCUCUUUCAAAACCUCACUCUGAGCUUAUACGGAACUUCCACGUAUCGAGAUUUCGAGAAUGCCACGGCCCCAACCAAUCUCACGAUUUUCAGCCCGCAAAACAUUUACGUCUAUCAGCCUAGGAAUCUAGCUCUCGCAUAUGGAUUGGCGGUUGGCUUCUCGAUUCUUGGAGUCUUGGCUGGCUUCGUUGCGGUCGUCGCCAACGGUGCUUCUUACGCGUUUGAUUUCUCUUCGAUUCUAAGGGUAACGAGAAAUCCGGAACUCACAAAUGCAGUCCAGGCGGAUGUAACGAAUGGCGCAGAGCCCCUGCCUAGUCAUUUAGCAAAGACAAAGAUGCGGGUCUUACCUAUAAGUGUGUGA